CUUCAGCGACCUGGAACGUCCUGUUCCCUGCAGCCCGCCGUGCACAUGGCACCUGGCGCCGCACAGCUACAACCCCGCACCCCCGGGCGUUCACACUGAGUGACCCGCUCCUGCGGCUUCCCCCAGCCACACGGGAUCACAGCAAAGGAAAGUUUUGAGGAGAGCUUUGAAGGAUGCUUCGAACCUCCAGGACACUCAGUUAAGAGCAUCAAAGGACCGGGAUUUUUGACUGCUAGGGGUGAAGUGACCUCUUAGAGGGAACAAGGAUAAAAACCUUGCGUCUUUGAUCUCCGGAGCUCUGAGAAAAUGGAGAGCCUUAGAGGCCCCUAUAUAGAUGACGUGAUUGCGAGAGAAAGUGAAGAGGAGAAUCCUCAGCUGAAGCUAGACACAGAAAAGAAACUAGACACACAUGCCGGCCCCAUUAACUGUCGGAGGCCACGCGGCAGAGAAAAUCACUAUCAAUGUACAGAAUGUAGGAAAAGCUUCAGUGUUCAUUCGGCGCUGAUCAAACACCAGAGAAUCCACACCGGAGAGAAACCCUAUCAGUGCAGUGAAUGUGGGAAAACCUUCAGUGUAAGCUCGACGCUGGUUACUCAUCAGAGGAUCCAUACGGGGGAGAGGCCCUACAAAUGCGUGCAGUGUGGGAAGAGCUUCAAUCAAAGCUCACACCUCACUCAGCAUCAGAAGAUCCACAAGGGAGAGAAGCCAUGUACCUGUACUGAAUCUGGAGAAGGCUUUACUGACAGCUCAACGUGCGUGAAACAUCCAGGACUGCAUGCUGGAGUGGGGCCCUAUAAAUGCGCUGAAUGUGGGAAAAGCUUCAAUCGGAGCUCCACUCUCUACAACCACAACAGGAUCCACACGGGAGAGAAACGCUACAAAUGUGAUGAGUGUGGGAAAAGCUUCAGUGUGAGCUCCAACCUCAUCAGGCAUCAGAAAAUCCACACAGAGCAGAGACCCUAUAAGUGUCUUGAAUGUCGUAAGAGCUUCAGCCUGAGCUCAGAUCUGGAAGUGCAUCAGAGGCUUCACCUGGGAGAGAAACCCCACAAAUGUUCUGAGUGCGAGAAAAGCUUUGAUCAGGAGUCGCAGCUCCUGAAACAUCAGCGAGUUCACGCUGGGGAAAACUCGUAUGAAUGUGUGGAGUGUGGGAAGAGCUUUAGUAGGAAGGGGAACCUCCUGAGACACCAGGAGAUCCACACUGGGGACAAACCCUACCAGUGUAAUGAAUGUGGGAAAAGCUUCAGCCGGAGUUCGUCGCUCAUGCAGCAUCAGCGGAUCCACACUGGAGAGAAACCCUACAGCUGCAUCGAAUGUGGCAAGAACUUCAGCUUUAGCUCCCAGCUCACCACCCACCAGCGGAUCCACACAGGGGAGCGGCCUUACAAAUGUAUCGAGUGUGGGAAAAGCUUUGUGGAUAGCUCGGGUCUCAUUCAGCAUCGGAGAAUUCACACAGGAGAGAAGCCCUACCAAUGCACUGAGUGUGGGAAGAGCUUCCGGCAGAACUCGGUGCUGAUUCAACACCGGAGAACCCACACCGGUGACAAGCCCUUCGAGUGCGGGGAGUGUGGGGAACGCUUUAGCCAGAGCUCCACGCUGAUCACACAUCAAAGGAUUCACACUGGGGAGAGGCCCUACCACUGCAGCGAGUGCGGGAAGAGCUUCAGCGAGAGUUCGCACCUCACGCAGCAUAGGAGAAUCCACACGGGGGACAAGCCCUACAAGUGCGGUGAGUGUGGGAAGAGCUUCAUUCAGAGCUCGCAGCUCACCACCCACCAGAGGAUCCACACAGGAGACAAACCCUACCAGUGCCACACCUGUGGGAAGAGCUUCAGUGACAGCUCGGCACUUACCCAGCAUCAGAGAGUCCACACCGGGGAGCGACCGUACCAGUGCACGGAAUGUGGGAGGAGCUUCAGCCAGAGCUCGGCCCUGGUGCAGCACUGGAGGAUCCACACUGGAGAUAAGCCCUAUGAGUGCACCGAGUGCGGGAAAACUUUCAGCCAGAGCGCAGGGCUCACUCAGCACCGGAGCACCCAUACAGCGCACAUGGAAGAAAAACCCUAUCAGUGUUCUGAAUGUGGGAAAAGCUUCAGUCGAAACUCCUACCUUACUCAGCAUCAGAGAAUCCAUGUGGCAGAGAAACCCUUUGGUUGUGGUGAAUGUUUGAAAAGCUUCACUCGGAAUUCAGACCUGGUUAAACACCAGCGAAUCCACACAGGAGAGAAGCCUUAUCAAUGCAACGAGUGUGAGAAAACCUUCAGUCAGCGGUCAAAUGUUAUCAGACACCAGAGAACCCACACGGGUGAAAAACACUACAAAUGUAAAGAAUGCGGGAAGAGCUUCAGUCAGAAUUCGCACCUCAUCGUACACCAAAGAAGCCACAAGGGCGAGAAGCCCUACCGUUGUACUAGAUGUGAGAAAAGCUUCAGUGAUUGCUCAUCGCUUAUUAUACACAGGAGAAUCCACACAGGGGAGAAACCCCAUCAAUGUAAAGAAUGUGGGAAAAGGUUCCGUGACAGCUCCGCCAUCAUCCGACACCAGCGAAUCCACACGGGAGAGAAACCCUACAAAUGUGGUGAUUGUGGAAAGAGCUUCCGACAGAGCUCAUCACUUAUUACCCACAGAAGAACCCACACAGGAGAAAAGCCCUACAAAUGUUCAGUGUGUGAUAAAAGCUUCAGUCAGAGCUCGGCACUUGCGACUCAUCACCGAAUCCAUACAGGAGAAAAUCCCUAUCGAUGUUCUGAAUGUGGGAAAACCCGGAGUGAGCGCGCUGCACUUAUUUCACAUCGGAGUGUCCACACACACGGAAAACCUUACAAGUGUGCUGAAUGUGGAGAAAGCUUUAGACGGAGCACAGCACUUAAUGUCCAUCUGAGAAUCCACAGAGGAGAGAGACCAUAUACAUGUGAUGAAUGUGGGAGAACCUUCAGACAGAGCUCAGCUCUUGAUGUGCAUUCGCGAAUCCACACAGGAGCAAGACCCUAUAAAUGUAGUGAAUGUGGAAAAAACUUCAGACAGAGCUCAGCACUUAAAGUGCAUUUAAGAAUCCACACAGGAAAGAAACCCUAUAAAUGUAUUGCAUGUAGGAAAAGUCUCAGUUUGCGUUCACAUCUAGUAUAGCAGGGGUGUCCAAACCAUGGCUCGUGAACUGCAUGCGGCUCUUUUACAGUUAAAGUGCAGCUCGCAGAUCCCCCUCUCCCCGUUCUCCACCUACCAGACUGGGGUGGGGGAAGCUCGAGACCUCUGUCUUGCAGCGGGGUAGUGAGGUAGGGCCUUCUUCCCAGUGGGGAGGGGGUCUCAGGGCUUCAGCCCUGUGGGGCAUGCCUGCUGGGGUUUAGGGCUUCAGCAGGAGUGGGGUUGAAGCCCCAAGCCCCGUAAGGCGCCUCCCGUGGGGCUGAAGCCCAGAGCCCCAGCAGGUGUGUCCCGGCUCUCAAACUUCUGAAGAUUGUCAAAUGUGGCUCAGAGGGUCAAAGUAAGUUUGGCCACCCCUGUAGUAUAGGAUUAGAGUGGUCAUAUGGAAUAGAAAGCAGUAGCAGACAUUGGUCGUUUGGGGUAUAUACAAAGGAACCUAAGUUUCAGUUUUAGGCACCAUUGUAAUCCACAAAACCCCCCAGUAAGCUGCUGCUUAACUCUGCAGGCACCUAAUUCAUUUGGCACCUAAAUUUUCACUGUAAUCAUCUCCUAGUCACGUAAGUGUUGGCCUCUGGGCAUGCACCCUGCCACCUCACUGUAAGCAUCUGGACACUUGAGCACCAGCAUGAUGCUCAGACCAGGGGAAGUUGGGUGAUCCUCCUACCUUGCCUGCAGAGCCCAGGCCAGUAGGCAUGUUCUGAGUACACCUAGCAGAUUCGGGCUACAUUCAAAAUCCUGAUGGAGGAAGAGCCUCCUCCCUCAUAACUUUUAGCCUAGUGGUUAAAAUGCUUACCCAGGAACAAGUGGAACAGCUUCAACAUGAGAGAUUGAGGAAGUCCCACAUCAGAAUUAGGGGUGUACAAUAUUAAACUGUUAACCGGUAAGCAUUAGUCUUACCAGUUAACCCACCCUAACCGUUACCCCAGCUGCAGCCCCAGGCCAGCGUGAGAGGCCCCAGCCCAGCCACACUCCCUUUAAUCAGUUAACCGAUUUCAAUGAUAUAAUUUUAAUCGUUUAAACGGUUAAGUUUUUAAACAAUAUUUACAUCCCUAAUCAGAAUAUCCCAUAGCCCAGUGGUUUGGGCAUUUCCCUCAGAGAUAGGAGAUCCCUGUUCAAAUACCUUUUUCCCUUCAGGCAGAGGAGGGGAAUUGAACUGGGCAUGAGUGUUGAGAAACAGAGUGGAAAAGACCUGGCUGUUGGACUGAUCAUUUUGAUAUCAGAGAGAGGCGGUUGAUGCUAGAAAAUUGGGGUAUUCUGGAAAGAAUGAGUGAAUUACUUGUGGGGAGCUGAGUGCUGGUGGAGUGGGUUGUUUAACAGAUUGUGCAGAGGAGGUGUAAUGUGGAUCUGAGGGAUGGGGUGUUGGGUGCUGGAUAAUUUGGGGAUUAGGGGUGGGAAUUUGUGGUAGAAUAGAAAGGGAGAUUUUUUUAGAUUUUAUCUUAUUUUCUUUAUGUACAAGAAGGUUAAAAUAAUAACGUCCGGAUUGGUUCUCAGCCAGACCUUUAGUUUAUUACAAAUUGUAAGCAGUCCUGGGGAUGUCAUCUCUUUUUAAACUGUGGAUGGCAAAGUAAUGUGUUUUUGGAGACUCUCACCUCAUAACUUCACCAGGUUUUAGACAAGGGAUUUGGGCUAUUUCCUUUCUUUGAUCUUAAAGAUCUGCAGUUCUGUCUGUUUCUUUUCUUCCUCUUUCCAAGAGAUUUAUGGUAGGACUUCAGAGUUAUGAACUGACCAGUCAACAACACACCUCAUUUGGAACCAGAAGUACACAAUCAGGCAGCAGUGGGUGGGGGAAGCAA